AUGACCAUCAAGGCUGUAAUAUUUGAUCUUGGAGGAGUCCUUUUGCCGGCUCCGAUGAUGUAUUGGAAACGUAAGUUCAUUUGAGAUACUUCACUAACAAAAGUUGGUUCAGAAGUGGAGAAGACACAUGGUCUUCGUGAUAACUCAGUUGUCGAAACUGUCCUCAGCAACGAUUUCUAUCCGCACUUCAAAUCAUUCGAAGUUGGACAACUCACUUCUGAGGAUGUCGACCCGCUUUUCACGCAUAUUUAUAACUUCCAGGUUAGCUAUUCAUUUUUUUUGAAUACCGGAUCAUGUCAGGUGAUUUCAGAACAAUCGAGUCGGUCCCAUCCUUCCGAUCUUCACAGCCGUCACCAAUCAAAUCGCCGUGUCUACGCUUCUUCCGGAAAUGGUUCAACUUGUGAAAUCUCUUCGUCUUGCUGGCUACCGUUCCGUCCUGAUAACUAACAACUUUUACUCCGAUCGAGCACAUCUCCUGCCCACCGUUCCCCCACAAGUCAAACAUCUCUUCGAUGACGUUCUCGAAUCUUGUCGCCUUGGAAUACGAAAACCGGAUCCAAAAAUUUACACAAUGGCUUGCGAGCGGAACAAGGUAUUUCAACUUUUCUUUUCUCAGAGCGAUUUCAUACUUUCAUGAAAUUAAAGGUUCAACCUGCCGAGUGCGUAUUCCUGGACGAUUUGGGGCCAAAUUUAAAGCCAGCUCGAGAGAUGGGAAUGACUACGAUCAAGGUCACGAGCAGUCAACAAGCCAUUCAGGACCUGCAGAACGUGCUGAACAUUGACUUUACCUUCCCUCCAGAGACUAGAGAUUGCAUUCGAAGUAAUAUCACUUUUUGAUUGUUUGAACAGUAAGAUGUUGAGUUAUAUAAGAUGGCUUAUUUUUUUUUAGGAGAGGUUCUCCCUUUGGAAAAGGUGAAUGAUGUUAUUACUCGUCACACUACAAAUGACAACAAAGUUUCCACAAUUCGCAAAUUCCGACAUGGCCAAUCCAAUCCCACUUACUAUGUUCGAACCGUCAAAGGUGCUCAGUAUGUGCUUCGAAAACGACCGAGUGGAAGCUUGCUUCCUAAGGCUCAUCAAGUGGACCGAGAAUUCAGAAUUAUGCGCUCUCUGCAAGGACUUGUUCCGCUUCCGAAGACAAUUUUAUUUGAUGAAAAGUGGGUUUUGUGUUGUUGAGAGGUUUUAGAGCUAUACGGAUGAUUUUAAGAACUUUGGACACUUCCUUCUAUCUGAUGGAGUAUCAAAAAGGAAGAAUAUUUUUGAAUCCCUCACUCCCGGAGCUCACUCCUACCGAACGUCGUCAAGUUUACGAAGAAGCGUUGAGAAUUCUUGCGAAGAUUCAUUGUGUAGACUAUGAGAAAGAGGGACUCAAAGACUUCGGCAGAAGUGGUAAGCAAAUAUAUUUUCUUCUUCCUUAUUUCACUAUUCCUGUUCAGACGGCUACAUGGCUAGAAAUUUGAAACGAUGGUCCGAUGCUUAUCAAAUUUCUAAAACGGAAGAGAUUCCGGAGAUGGAUAAAAUGGAAGCCUACCUGAAAGCCAAUCUUCCAAAAAGCGGAAAGUCUACAAUAGUGCAUGGUGACUUCAGAAUCGACAACUUGAUAAUUGAAGAGAAUGAGAUCAAGGUGAAAGGAAUUCUCGAUUGGGAACUCUCGACGAUCGGGGACCCGCUCUCUGACCUGGCAACUUUCAUGUUUGUCUACUACGUACCCAAUCGAAUGCGACUUCUGUCUGGAAUCGGAGAUUACACAGACUCGGAUCUUCGUCGAUUGGGAAUUCCGACUAUCAAAGAGUGUUUGGAACUCUAUUCCAAGUACACCAACACCGCCUUGGUGGAUCCAGAAGUUUGGACGUUCUACAUGGUCUUUGUGGUGUUUCGUUUCGCGAGUAUCCUCCAGGGAGUCUACAUGAGAUCUCAACUCAAGAACGCCUCUUCGACCGAAGCCUCCAUGUUGCAACCAUUAGUAAGGAAGUUGGCGACUGAGGGAUACCAGAUGAUUACGAAAAUGCACGCCUCGAAAUCAUACGGUCAACUGACGAUCGUGCCUUCAGGAAUGUCACCUCAAGCUCAGAAGUACUACGAAAUCGUUCGCAAAAUUGUACACAACGACGUUAUUCCUCUUGAGAUGGAGCUAUUGGAAUACUACGAAGAGGGACCGCAUCGAUGGACUAUUCCACACCCAAAGAUUGAAGAACUCAAAAUGAAAGCAAAAUCUUUGGGCGUUUGGAAUCUUUUUAUUUCUGAACACAUUGACCCAGAGCAAAAGUAUGGAAAAGGACUUACGAAUGUAGAAUACGCUCACAUAUGCGAGCUUAUGGGCAGAAGUAUUUUUGCUCCUGAGGUAUUCAACUGUCAAGCUCCGGACACUGGAAACAUGGAGGUGCUCAUCAAGUACGGAAGUGAAGAACAGAAGAAGCAAUGGCUGGAGCCGUUGUUGGCAGGAGAGAUCAAGAGCUGCUUCGCCAUGACGGAGCCCGAUGUAGCAAGCAGUGAUGCCACGAAUAUUCAAGGUUCGAUUGUUCGAGUUGGUGACGAGUAUAUCAUCAAUUCUCGCAAAUGGUUCAUUUCAAACGCAUCACAUCCAAAGUGCAGAAUUUGCGUUUUCAUGGGACAAGUGGCUGGCCCGAAGAAGUCGAGACUCUUCCAGCAGUCCAUGAUUUUGGUGCCUAUGCAGACAGAGGGAGUCAAGAUUGUCAGAAACACUCAUGUCUUCGGAUCACAAGACGCCCCAGGAGCCCAUCCAGAAAUCACUUUCACAAACGUUCGUGUUCCCGUAGAAAAUAUGCUUCUUGGGGAAGGAAGAGGUUUUGAGAUAGCCCAAGGAAGACUCGGCCCGGGCAGAAUUCAUCACGCCAUGCGAUUGAUCGGACAUGCUGAGAGAGCGAUUGAUGUUAUGAAGGACAGGCUGAUGACGAGAAUUGCGUUCGGGAGGCAGCUAGUGAAGUUUGACAGUCUACGAAAGGAGCUCGCAUUGUCGAGGUGCGAAGUUGAGCAAGCCAGACUUCUUGUGCUAAAGGCAGCUCAUAUGAUUGACACCGUCGGUCCCAAGGUUGGUUCCAAUCCGUUUCAUGACUAUAGGUUUUUUUCAGGAGGCGAAAUCUGAGAUCGCAAUGAUCAAGGUGGUGGCUCCGAACAUGGCUAUUGCGGUCAUAGAUAGGGCGAUACAACAACAAGGAGCCAGAGGGCUCACUCCGCUUACUCCGUUGUCCUCAUUCUACGUGUGGGCGAGGGCAUUGCGAGUUGCAGACGGGCCGGACGCUGUUCAUCUGGAGACCAUUUCUAAGAUUGAACUCAAAUCCAGACUGUAA